AUGGUAUGCAACGAGGACAAGGAGGAACCAGUAGAACAUAGAUGGAAGUGGGGGAUCGAGGAGAUUGCAGUAGUGGACCAGUACACAUACCUCGGAGUAGAGAUCGCAAAAGAUUGCUCGUGGAAUGCACAAAUGUCCAAGGUAGCGGAAAAGGGCAAAGCACGAGCAGGGAAGCUGCACCCAAUACUCGCAAACCGGCACCUCGAUGCAUGCAUCAAAUUGAAGCUUUUGAAGAGCGUAUUCGUACCGCCGCUAGAGGCAGAAUUGGGGAUCCAAUCCCUACGGUCGGGAAGAGACGCGAGGAAGCUGACCUGGCAGUAUCGCAUGUGCGGGAUGGGAGAGGAGAGGUUGCCGAGGAUUGUAUGGGAGGCGGAGUGGGCAAACAAAAAGAGGGGUAGGCAUCCCACGGAGUGGGCCAAGGUUGUAGAGGACGUAUGGAAGGGGCUCGACAUCG